CGUGCAAUGGUCGAUUAUAUCAGUAUAUAUAAUAGCGCGCUUCUUCUUUGUAUAUCUCACAAUCGUCCCCCUUUCUUUUCAUUUAUUUCAGAAUGGUUCAAAUAUUUUCUUCUGGUCUUUCCUUAAUUGCAACGCUCCUUUUAGCUACAAGCGCAGCAGCCAAGACAUGUGUCGUUGGAAACAAUAAAGCCGAUGAUUCCAUUGCUAUCAUCAAAGCCUUCAAUGACUGUAAGACAGGAGGCACUGUUUCCUUCCCUAAAAGUGGAACUUGGUACCCAAAGAGCUUGAUCAACGUCAGUGGCUUGAACAAUGUCCGAAUUGACUUCGCUGGACACAUCGUCCUUCCUCCUUUUGAUCCCAAGUACAAGGGCGGCUCUGCUUAUUUGAAAAUACAAGGUAACAAUAUCCAUAUGUCUGGAGGUGGCACAAUUACUGGCAAUGGUCAGUCCUGGUAUGACAGAAAGGACAACACUGCUCCCAUUGUUUUCAGUGCAACAGCAAAAAACUCUGUAUUGGGUAACUUUAGAAUCAUCAAUGCCCCUCGUGGACAUAUCGCUGAUGUGGGUUCAGAAAACGUCGUAUAUGAAAACAUCUAUCUGCGCACUCGUUCUACCAAUUCCAACUUUCAUAGAAACACUGAUGCCUGGGGAACUGCUUGGUCCAAGAAUAUCGUUUUGAGAAACUCUGAAUUCACCGUUGGUGAUGACUGUACUGCUAUCAGCACAGGUGUCACCAACCUGACUGUUACCAAUGUCAAGUGUGUCGAGGGCCAUGGUUUCAGUAUCGGCUCACUUGGCAGAGGUACUCAGCCUGAUUAUGUCAAGUCUGUUCACUUUAUCAACAAUGAAUGCCAUCGCUGUCAAAACGGUAUCAGAAUCAAGACCGUUCCUGGCGGAAAGGGUUCUAUUGAAGACGUCAGAUUUCAAAACGUUAAACUCAUUGCUGCUGAAAACCCUAUUGCUAUUACUACUCACUAUUGGUGUGAACAAAAUCACAACUGUAACAUUGACAACUCAUUGAGCAUCAAGAAUGUUGUCAUUGACAACGUCUCUGGAUCCACUUCUAACAAGGACAUGCCCGUCAUCAACAUUGAUUGCUCCAAGCGUGGUCUUUGCUCUGGUUUCUCUGUUACUCGUAUCAAUAUCCAAAAGAAUCCCAAGACCAAGAAGAAUAUUUGUAAUUACCUUGUUGGAUCUGACAAGAUACCAUACUGCCGCCAAUAA